GGAGGUGUAGCCUGACGCGGGCUCUUACGUGUCGGCCUGAAUAAAAGUGGAGCUCGGGGAGGCCUUGGAGCGACCGAGGCGGGAGAGUGUGAGGCUCACUCUAUGAAGAUGGAGGCUGCAGAGGCUCAGCAGGCCGACACUGCUGUGACCCAAAGCGACGCACAACAGAUCACCCCCGCCCAGAUUGCCACUCUGGCACAGGUGACACUGUCCCAGGGCCACGUCUCAUCGGCAGGCCCCACAGUGACUCUUGUGCAGCUCCCAAACGGACAGACGGUCCAGGUGCACGGAGUGAUCCAGACCGCCCAGCCCUCCGUCAUCCAGAGCCCACAGGUGCAGGCUGUACAGAUCUCGACGAUAGCGGAGAGUGAGGAUUCGCAGGAGUCAGUAGACAGUGUCACUGAUUCACAGAAACGCAGAGAGAUCCUGUCCAGACGCCCCUCCUACAGAAAGAUCCUUAAUGACCUUUCUUCUGAUGCUCCGGCUGUGCCCCGUAUUGAGGAGGAGAAAGCUGAGGAGGACUCUGCCUCUGCUGCUGCAGCUGCCACGCCCGCCAUUACCACAGUUACAGUGCCCACGCCCAUCUACCAGACCAGCAGCGGGCAGUACAUUGCCAUCACUCAGGGCGGGGCCAUCCAGUUGGCGAACAAUGGCACUGAUGGAGUUCAGGGGAUCCAGACUCUGACCACAGCUCAGCCUGGAGCCACCAUCCUGCAGUACGCCCAGACCAGCGACGGCCAGCAGAUCCUCGUGCCGAGUAACCAGGUCGUAGUCCAAGCGGCUUCAGGCGAUGUGCAGGCCUAUCAGAUCAGAGCCGCUCCAGCCAGCACCAUCGCCCCGAGCGUGGUCAUGGCCUCGUCUCCUGCUCUGCCCACAGGGGGCGCAACUGAGGAGGUCACCCGCAAACGAGAGGUCCGCCUCAUGAAGAACAGAGAGGCGGCUCGUGAGUGUCGCCGGAAAAAGAAGGAGUAUGUGAAGUGUUUGGAAAACCGCGUGGCCGUGCUGGAAAACCAAAACAAAACGCUCAUCGAAGAACUCAAGGCCCUCAAAGACCUGUAUUGCCACAAGUCUGAGUAGGUCCAACUGCAGAGAGAGGGACAAGUAGCAUCAUCUCACUACAUACAUAACGUACGUGCACGACUGCACGUAGAACAUUUUAGUACCACUUUAUAAUAACUACAUCUUAAUUAGUCUUAAUGAAGACUAAAUCCAUUAUGAACAAGAUUCAGGUUUAGUAACUUAAUUAAGGGUUUGAAUUUACUAGUUAUUAUGCCUGAAUCACUCUUAAUAAACUUGUUCAUUAUGAAUUAAGUAUUUAUUUAUUCAGGCAUGAAUAAGUGCAGUUAUAAUAGUGGUACUACCAUUUUACACAGGUCCUAUUUCUCUUCUAUAGGCUGUGAAUAUUUUUUAAGUCUUAAUUAACCUAAUGUUAUCACAAUUAGCAGCUCUUGAACAACAAAAGAUAAAUUGCAUAGAUAAAUAUGCAAAGAAAUAGCAGUUUAUAUUAUUAAAACUACAAUUCCCGAUGUAUGGUGGGUACGACAUAUGUACAAUGUUUACAAAUGGAGUAAUAAGUGUGCAUUUAAUUGUCUUAUGGCAAUUAACAUAUUUAAUCACUUUAAAGGUGCUGUACCUGAUUUUUACUGUCUUAAAAACAUGAAAAUCAGAAGUUAAUUUAGAGGUGGUUAUUCCUCACUUACAUAUCGAGCAUCAUAAUUAUUAUACACCAAACAUACACCAUGAUUUUAUAAGCACUUUCCAUAACUAUCAGAGUCCAUCAAGGUAAUGCUAACAACAACUAGCAUGCUAACUGCAUACAAGCCUUAUUUCUUGGUUUGCAGCAGACAAUACACAGUGGACUCAUUUUGACCCUAACAGCUGGUUUUACAAUAUAUCUGCACUGGGAAAAUACAAAUAUUACACCAGUUUCACCUAUCAAACUUCACAGCCUACUUCAAGAGAAAAAGUGUCAUUUCAAAGCAAAUUCAUCGCACACCUACACUACCCUGGAUUUCCUACAAACAUGCAAACAGAAAUAUGAAUUAUUGUCAAAGUUAUUAUAAUUAUCACAUUAUAAGUACAAUUAAAAAACUGUUGGAAAUGGCACUACAAUAAUGAAAACAGGGUAUACUUAUUUGAAUGCAAGUGGUGCUCAAAUGUGUUGGAAAUCACAGGGUAUCUCAUAAUGUGUGGCUGUACCUUCAUAAAAUUAAUAAGAGAAAAUGAUCAUGUAUAGUGUUUACAUGUUUGGUGUGAAUCCAGGAAGAGCAAUUUUCUGGCUGCUCAGAUGUGGUGGCAGCUGCAAUACGAUUUCUACAGAAUAGAGGAAUACUUGGACUGAAAAGGAAAGAAAGUAUUGGUACAUUCAGUAUUGUCGAUAAUGAAUAAUAAAUAUUACUACUAAAUUUUAAAUAGAGUAGUAUACUAUGAAAGCUUUGCCAAUAGAUUAUGGGGUGUUUUGGAGGUAUAAACACAGUGUCCUCUGUUUAUAUUGCCACAACUGAGAACAUUUGCUAGAGAACUUAGUUAUCUAGCUGGUACAUGGACUGAACUAGUACUAAACCAGGACUAGACCAGGACUCGGCCAGGACUAGGCCAGAACUAAACCAGGACUAAACAGGACCAAACUGUCUAAACCAAGAUUAAACAACUAGGAUAAAACUUGAAAUAAUCUGGUCUCGGGCUAAACCAGGACUAAACUAGAACCAAACCAGGACUAAACUGUGACUUAACCAAGCCUAAAGCAGCAGUAAACCAGGACUAAAUUACAACUAAACCAGGACUAAACCUGGAUUUCACCAGGACUUAACUGUGACUAAACCAAGAUUAAACUACUACGAUGGACUAAACUAGUCUGGGGGUAAACUAGAACUAAACCAUAUUUGCAGCAGAAAUGAACAGAGCUAAACUGGAACCAAAUGGGGACUAGACUAGACCAGGAUUAAAGUAGGGCUGAACCAGGACUAAACCAGAACUUGGCCAGAACACAUAAAAUACUCUCUAAUUAUAUGUAGAUAGCUUGCAACUGACUUAUUUUGACCUCAAGAGCUGCUUAUACAAAAUAUCUGUGUACUGUGAGACCAUUUUGCUAAAAUCCAUGGGAAAAAACAGGCACAGCGCCUUUAAUAGGGAUGAUAUCUAGUGAUAUUCACCAAGCCUGCCAAUAUAAGUGGAGGACACAGUUGUAAUGUAGAUGUAUUUUGUGUGCUGGACUCCAUCUUAAUAUGUAAUCCUUUUUAUAUUCCCUGUACAUAGCCUUUUGCAUGUGUAGACUUUAUUCAUUUCAUUUGAUAAAAACUUGUUGUAUGAAAUAUUUGUAAAAUAGUUGUAAAAUAGGCAGAACUGUAGGUCUCUCUAUGUGGAAUUCACUUAACCACUCCAUUAUGGCAGCUAUGUCUAUGGAAAAGGCCUUUGUAACAGAUUAUUAUGCGUUCCAUUGUUUUUAUAGUUCAGAAAGCAGCUAGAGUCCACAUUUCAAUUUAGAUUUUGAUUUAUUUAGUUCUUGCUUGCGGUUUUAAAAAAAAUGCAGAAUUUACAACAUACAAAACACAAAAAGACAGGAAUAAGUAAAUACAUUAUAAUGCAAUACAAUAUUUAUACACCAUCUUAAAAUAAAACGUAUUAUUUCAGUGUUUUUAUUGCCUUGUUCUUAGGCUGUACUUGCUCACUCAAAAAGAUGUCUCUAAAUCAAUUAUUAUGCCAUCUUUUUCCUAAAUAUUUUAUGUUAAAUUUAUGUUUUUAGUAAAUUCAUAUCAAGCAACGAGCCUUGGAUAAAAGAUAAAGUAAUAAAAUAGAUAGAAGAUAAAAUAAUUAAUGGGAAAAAUAUGAUAUAAAAUAAUUUAAAUUGGCCACUCUUACUGUAAUUGAGAUUGGGUUUUACUCGCUUUUUAAACAAUAUAAAUGAAUGACAAAAAAUAUGAAAUACUAAAGCUAAACAUAAUAGAUUAGUGGUUUAAAGUUCAGAUAGCUAGAAAAUACCUUCUUUGAUUUAACUGUAGGCCGCCUGAUUUAGCCGAUAAGUUAAUGGCUAAUGGAAGUAAGUUUUGAAUCUAUUUCAAAGUGCAAAAUAGUUGUUCUCUUAUGAAUAAAUGAAAGGGAAUAUUGCUGCUAAAUGCCUAUAAAAUUGAGAAUUGUUCACAAUAUUUACAAAAUGUACAAAUAUGCAUUACAAAAUCAGAAAGUCGUUGCCAACUACUUGUAUUGAUAUUAACAAAAUAGCAAUCUAAGGCUAAAUACUGUUAUCGUGUAUCAUACAACAUCAUUUCCAUCUAGGUGUGAGUAUUGACAAAAAGUAUUAUCUGUCUAAUUUCUUUUUUUUAUUUUAUUUUUUUCUGAAAAUACUAAUCAGAUAAAUGUCUGCAGCUCAUCAGACAUGUGCUAAAACGUGCCUGUAGAUGUCUGGGUUGAGGACGUUCAAGUAUUGCACAAAAAGUGAAAGGGAAGAAAGUGAAUGUAAACACAGAAGUGCAGAAAUAGCACAAUUUUUGAAAGAUUACAUUCAAAUAAAACUGAAAAAAAUGAGAAAAAUAAAAACUUUCAAACAAUAUACUUGAUAUUUUAAUUUGCAUAACUAGCUAAAGAACUAUUGUAGAGUAGAUAAUACUACAAUAUCGCUCACUCGUCAGCUCUUUUCAUUCUUUUCUUACAGCUUGAAAAUAGUCCUACAUGUGGUAUUUAAAGUUGUACUGCUAUGUAACUUUUCUGGUGGCAAGAACUUAGUCAGCUCAUCUCCAAGACGACGUUAUUGUUUUGCCUGGAUUGUUCACAGUAUGGCAUUAAACGUAGCUAUAUCCAGCAUUUAUUUCAUUAUUUAAGUCUGUUUUCAUUACUCAAAAAUCUGUUAAAAGCCCUAGAGAACUUUGCGGGCUUGCCUCUCCGCAGAUCUGACUUGUAACUUAACCUAUUUACAUCACCUGCUUGUGGCUAUAGAAAUAGAUACAAUUAAUACUAUACUGUGGAACAUUACAAGCUAAUAAUAAUAGUCUCAACGGAGAUAAAUAGAAAACCAGAAAAGUUGCAUAGUACUCCUUUAACAUCUAAUUUAAAUACGUUAUCAUAAAUUUAUACUGUCAGUAGUGUGAAAAUAAAUCAAAACGGGUGCUUGCAAAUCCUUCGUUACUGUUAAAAUGUGGACUCAACUUCGUAACUUUUGUAAUAAUGCAAUAUCCUAUCAACAGUGUUCUCAAUUUUGGGCCAAGAUCUUUUUAACCCAAUGGGCCUUGAAUGUGCAUGAACUUACAUCAUAGACUUUGUAAACUAGAAAUUCAACUUUUUUAUUGAUUCAUGUGGUCACAACUUUGUAUAUUGCCACUAAUUUUACAAGUGGUUAAAGUACAAUUUCAUUUUAUUGUAUGGUAACUAACGGUUGUCGCCAAACGAUGCAUUCUUAACUGUUUGUUUGUGGGAAUUAUCUGUACUGUUGUAUUACCAAUCUUUUGUAAGCACUUAUGGCGUAUAAUAAACUACAAUACAAAUAUU